AUGGAGUGGAUGAGGAUGAGUGUUAGGUGUGUGUUUAGUACUAGUUCUCUUCCUCCUCCCAAGUGGAUAGAACCCUUGAAUCGUAAUCUACAACCAUCUCCAUGGGAAUUGCUCAAAGCUUCUAGCUUUUCUUCAUUCGAGACUAGAGAGAGCGUGUUACGCGAUGUGUACAAGAGUACUCAAAGGCAGAGAAUGGAGGUGUUGCUUUGGUUUCACCCGCCAGAUCUCUCGAGAGUGCUGCUGAUUUGA